GGUCGAGGUUGUGCGUAACAGGUAGAAGUCAAACCGAAGUCAAACUGAAGCGUGCGCGGCUCUGAAGCAACAAGUUGUCGUCUGCCAAAACGACUCGCGCGAACAGCACGCGACUAAAUACCCCACGACAUUCCGAAACAACACAUUCCAGUGUACUGUACUGUAAUCUGACGAGGAGAGCCGAGUUGGCAAAAAUCCACCUUAUCUAGUGGAACGAUACAAGACUUCGUGAUACAUGAAUGGUGAAUACACCUCAACAUCCAUAGCAUCGGAGGACUUGGAACUAACGUAUCUUUCAGAACUGAGUUAUUCGGGGCAAAUGGUCCUGAUUUCAGUUAACAUUUAAAACACAUCUUCAAGGUUAUAUAACUGGUAUCAUUAUACACCGCACUCGGAUUUCGCUGCCUCAGUGUUAGGACCAGAAACCACUUGUUGAUACCAACGACUGGAAGAACUUCAGGAAACAAAUCCUUGACGAGGACGCGGAUGAUAGUGUACAUUAAUUUUGCCUUACCGUAAAAGUAGAGGCAAGUCUCAUCUCGUUUUGAAUUAGAAGAUGCUUCACGUGUUGGGAGUCGAAUCUGUGAACAAUCUGUGUAUUACGGAACGAAUCGCUUGAGGAAUAACUUCAUAAGACCAACGACGCGAGGAUCAUAUUCUCACCUUUAUACAGAUGAUAAUGAUGUCAUAACCCUUCAUCGGUUCUCAGUCGUCAUCAUCGCCAACGACCGGAACAAUCGGACCAAUCGCACUUCUCCUGACCCGUGACGUCAUACCCGUUAUCACAAUGAUUGACAUGGCAGCCCCGCCCACCCAGCUUCACACCAGUCACUUCGUUGAUAUGGCCCCCAUGCUGUCGCUUAAACUCGGUCACACCAACUCGGGCUUUUCCGCGAUCAGCUCAUCGACAGACGUGGAUGCUGUAGCGAGAUUCAAUCCUCUGCCAACCACCAAGGUGCCUAAGCCUCGACCACCUCACAUCACCCUCUCUCAUCCCGGGAACGUCCCAGCUCGUUUCGAUACAACCAUGGCCCCGACUCCGAGAUGUAACCUAGCCAGCCCUAUCGUCCACAGCCCAACGCUACCGGCAUCUGAUCGAGUCCAAAUCAAAAUCGACACAUCUGAUGUCGAGGACUCGCUCUCUCCGACAAUCAUUGCCGCUCCUCAGAUGAUGCUAGGCGGUGCCAAUCCCGACAUGAAGCCAGACAUCACCGCAGAGAUCGGCUCAACAAAUGCCGCUCAGCGAAAUCACUUUUCGCCGCAAGUAACAUGGACCUUCCCCACUGCGGUGAACCCCGCCUUGGCCAGCCAAGGGCUCUCUGAGCUUCAGCAACAACCUCAGCCCCACCAAGCACCAACCAACCCACAUCAGCAGACAUUCACCGUACAUCCUCGAAGCCAGAAAGUAUUUCACCUGCCUCGUCAAGCCAUGCACGCACCGGUGCUGGAGCGGGUAGGCUCGGGUAAAGUCGUACGCCGAAUCUUCACCAAUAGCAGAGAGCGAUGGCGGCAGCAGAAUGUUAACUCUGCAUUUUCCGAGCUUCGCAAGCUUCUACCCUGCCAUCCUGUCGACAAGAAAUUGAGUAAGAACGAGAUCCUUCGCCUCACUAUCCGGUAUAUCAACUUCCUGAUGGAGCUCCGUGACGACCAGAGUGACGGCGAUGUCGAAGAGCCAGAAGCAGUAGCGGCACCCAUGGAGAUUUACGAGAACAUCGAACCGAUGCCGACGAUGGUGAAGACCGAACCCGAUCCCAACUCACCAAUCGAAGUCAUGGGGUACCCUCCGAUGACAUGCGAGCCCGUCCGAAACCGAGCGAGGAGCAGCCGAAGUUCGUCCGAGAGUGGGAUCGGCGAUUCGGAAAGCAUUUGUGGCAGCACGGGAAGCAUGUGCGGAAGCGCGAACAGCGUUUAUUUUAGCGAUGACAACCUCUGUUCCGGUGACACCAGCCCGCCGUGGUACUCAUCACCAGCAAGCGAUGAGAGCCUUUAAGAUACAACCAUCUCUUUUGACAGAUGAACUUACUAGAACUGAACUUUGUCAGAUAAUCACACUUGCCUUAUGGUUGUUUUGAGAUGGUGACGAAAGAAACUGGAAACUUGUAAAUUGUGAACAUUUAUGUAUGCAUGUUGAUUCAGACAUUCCUAUUCUUCAUUCCAUAUUGUAUUAAUCUUAUUCUGAGGGCGCCGUCGUAGACUUUGAAACAAUUGGAGAGACUCGAGUUUUGAAAGAUGAUAAAAGGAGCUGAAAAAUGUAGAAGUUACGAUAAAAGUUACGCGCCCUUGCAGUUUUCGACGUAAAGCUGCAAAUUAUUCUUGUGCGAUUGAUUGGAUAUUUUGCUACAUCAGCGGACCGUGGGAGGGGGACGUAGCAAACUAUUUCCUCUUUGAGACGGGAAACUUCCCGGUGUAAUUGACAUAUUACACCGCCUGGUCUGCUGAGUUAAGGUGACCUGAACAAAAAGGAAGAGGAAAAAGUGAUUGAACUCUCUCCCGAUUCGCCAUAAUCCAAUCAUUUUUCGCCCUCUAUCAAGGAGAUCAUUCCAAUCUUCAUUCCUUCUUUCUUCUCUCAUUCCAUUCGUUUUGACGUGAUAGAAUUCCAUCUGGGAAUUGCCAUUCCAGCGCGCAUGCGUAGUAAUAACCAGACGGUUACAUUCCAAGCUGCCAAUCAGCGGCUAGACGUAGUGAUGGCAACUAUCGAAUAAUUAAGAAAAUUGCAUUAAAGCGUGUCACAUAUUUGUGAAAAUGUAUAGCGGUAAAGUGUAAGCAUCAAUUAAUGCAAAUGUGUUGAUAUAUUUCAUGUAUAGUCUAAUGCUGCCAAGCCGUUCUAAAUACGAACGUGUUUUUACAUUUCCCUGUUGUUUUAGCCGCAAAGAUUAUAUAUUCAGUGCUCUUAUGUUCUUUAAAAUAAAUCAAGAUAAUGACGAUUACAGAUGUAUUAUGUUGACGAUGCACUUGAUUUAUCUUCUGCAUUGACUUUACUUUACUUACCUGGUGAUAAAAUUAACACACAGUCUUUGUUUGAUAUAUUUGCGGCAUCAACAUCCGGGUAAUUAAAAUAGAAUCCAAUUUGUUGUACCACUUUUAUCAAAAGAUGUCAUAAUGACUAUGAACGUAGAACAGCGGCUUUAUUUUAGUAUUGUCUCAAAUUUGAAACCCCCUUGUUUCGAUGGAUUCGAUAGUUGAAUUUGUUUGGAAGUCUAUUUCAGAGGUUUAUAGAAUAUUUGUAUUCAAAUUAUUCAAACAAAUAUUAUUCGCUCUGUCCUUUGUGGCAUUAUUCUUGAUUUGGAAAUAAGUUAUGAUUCAAAUGAUUUAUGUUUAAAAAAAUCUUUAUGUGGCACUUGCAAAAUUGAUCUGAUUACGAUAUAUGUAGUCGGAAUAUUCCUGGAUUUAUAAAAAUAAAUCUUUUUUCUAUUCUUUUAUGGGUAGUUAAAUUCAAUACCUCCCAUAAAAACAUAGAAAUCACAUUUUCUCUGUGACAAGAUUAUAUUUAUAUACUUAUUGUUAUAUUCUCAUUUCACAUAAAAAGUUGUUAGAUUGAUAUGACUGCGUGUAGUCAGCGCUGAAUAUAAAUGCAUAUUACUAUAAGUUGCACAAUGUUAAACUGACUUUCUAUACAAAUAUAUGAGGCGAUCUAUUAUCUGCCUUUCAUUGUAAAACCAACCACUGCGCUUUAGCUGCUGUAUUAUGGUUUAUACCUGUUAUAGCGGGAUGAAAUUAUUUGUAACUUCAAAACAUUCUAUUUUGUAUAAUCUGAAUAAUUCCAUUAAAUCAUUGUUACACAUUCCUAUGUCCAGAAGUCAUGGAAAUUUGCUGAGAAAAUGUAUAAUAGAUAAGAUUGAUGGGUUAUUGAAAAACCUAACAUCACUUAACAUAAUGUGUAAUCUUGAUCUCUUCACGAUAAUAAUAUUUUGAAAUAACUUUACUUUGUCUUCUGUCUGUUGGGAACUCACUAAAAGUAAUUUUCGCGAACAGUUAUUAAAAUGAUUCUUAAAAUCUUCGACAGUGAUAUACACACCCCCUAAGAAAUCUCAAAUUUUCUUGUCAAGGUCAUUCCAUUUCUAAUUUGUAUGCCUAUUUUUUUCGGAGCCAGCACUAAAAACCAAGGUGGACUUACAAACAGGUGGCUUGCCAGAACAUCACAGCCGCUAAAGCCAGACAAAAAUGGCAUAAACAAUCCAGCAAAAUUGGCUGCUCUGGAGGAGUAAGCAGGUUCAGUGUCUGUACCUUGCCUAUUUUAAUGUCUGUCAUUUUGUUUAUUAACGAGUCGAAUUUGAAAUUGGGGUCAAAAUUAAGAAUACGAGGUGUUGUACCAUAUUUUGUACCACUCAACAACAGUCUAGCUAUAAUUGAAGCUAAAAAUCGCAUUACGUGGGCCAAAUUUCUAAACAGACAUAAACAUGUUUUGUAACUUGUUACCCAGACUGUUUGAAACUAGAAAUUUACAAGUUCAGUCGCACAAAUGGCCUACUUUAACAAUAUUUCUAGUAAUGUAUUGGGGGAAACGUCUUCCAUGUCAAUACAGUUUUUAGGAACGGCAAUAUGACCUAUUAUGGCAUGACAUUUAAGCGGAUGAUUUUAGACAUCAAUUAGAAGAUGUCCAUGAUGGAAGGUCCUGUUUCACCAAUGACGAUUGGUGGAUCACAUUAAUUGAGGUAAUCAUGAAUCAUUAUGUUUCAAUAGUGAGUUCCCUUCUCAUAACGGUGUUAAAGUUGUAUGCAUAGUAGCCAGCAGUUACAUUCCAAACUAUUCAUAUUUUUCUAAUAAUUUGACGACUGUUUCUCAAACUGUCUACGAAUGCUAAGUUUAACCAAAGAGAUACUAAUAUCUCUUUGGUUUAACACGGGAUUUUCAAUCAUUCCGAUAUGCUUCUAUCAUUCUACAAAAAUCUAAAAGCAUUCCAGUCUCAUCAGCUGUAAAAGUGAAAAUCAAGUUCUUUUAAUCGUUGGGUGGGAUGUUGCUGUGUAACGAAAUUCACAAAACUUAAACAGUGAGCGGUUCGCUUUUGGAACACUAUCAUCGUCAUAGAUCAUGUGAAUCAUUGAGCAAGUAGUGAUGUAAUUUUAUACACGCAUGUUCACAAAGUUAAAUAGAUUGUUCAUCCUAGCAUUCUUAUCAUUUGCGGUGGUAAAUCAUAGAGAUAUAAA